AUGGCGUCCGCAUCCGUCCUUCCCUCCCAGGCCCAAGCCCAGGCCCCAGCUCCCCUCACCACCCCGUCUAUCCAAACACAGUCUUCUCAACCGCACCAUGUCCAAACUACGCUGAACUUUUUCAAAGACCAUGAGGACGGCACCGGUCCGACGCCUAACUACGUCGGUGAUGUCGAGAGCUACAGAAAGCAACCUACCGAAACUGUCCCAGUCACAAUCACCGACGUCAGUGGCCACGAGCUCGACUAUACGCUCGAUGGGAAUGGGUUCCAGUUCUACUACCACAGUAGCGCCGAAAAGGACUUUGUAGACGAUGAGCAGAUCAAGCAUGUGUAUUAUCCGGAGACGGAGCAGCUUUUGAAAGAUGCGACUGGGGCAUCGAAAGUGUUCAUAUUUGACCAUACCAUCCGUCGUCAGGCCAACGACAGCCGCGCGGGCACUGUUCAGCUCCGCGGCCCCGUACAAAGAGUGCACAUCGACCAGUCGUACAUCGCGUCCAAGAACCGCGUGACAUACCAUCUUCCUGAUGAAGCGGAGCGCCUUCUCAAAGGCCGCUACCAGAUCAUAAACGUCUGGCGGCCCAUAAGGACAAUCCUCAAGGACCCGUUAGCAGUUGCAGACGCCCACACCGUGCCCGAUUCAGACCUCGUCCCGAUCAAGCUGAUCUACCCGGACCGUGAAGGUGAGACGUACGGUGUUCGUCCUAACCGGGAUACCAAGUGGUAUUAUCGGUACGGACAGACGCCGGAUCUAGUUACAUUGAUCAAGUGCUUUGAUUCCAAGACGGAUGGGCGGGCUAGACGCGUGCCGCACAGCGCAUUCGUUAACCCAGAGACUGUGAACGAGUUGCCUAGGGAGAGUAUCGAGGUGCGGGCGCUGGUAUUUCAUGAGAAUGAUACUGAAUUGAUAUACAACCUUGUAAUGAAUGUGCUUAUGGGAGAUAAAAAGCUAGGCCCAAAUUCAGACCACAAGCCACAAACAAGCCGCGUAUUUUUCACUUCAAUUUAA